UUCUUUAAAAUUUCGUAUGUAUAGUGGUUCAGGAACGCGUGAAAAACGAAAUGUUUUCAAAAAUUGUUGUCGUUGGUUCCUGUAUGAUUGAUUUUACUUGUUUUUCUUCCCGUUUACCAAAACCUGGUGAAACAAUAAUUGGUAAAAACUUUGAGAUAAAAUAUGGUGGUAAAGGUGCCAAUCAGUGUGUAGCAGCUGCCAAACUUGGUGCCUCUGCAGCAAUUGUUGCAUCUUUAGGUUCCGAUACUUACGCCCAAGAGUACUUAAAGAUAUUUAAGAAGGAAAAUAUAGAUGUUUCUCACGUUCAAUUACAAGAAAACCAGCACAGUGGAAUAGCACAGAUUACAGUUGCUGACAAUGGCGAGAAUAGUAUAGUGGUCGUGGUAGGCUCGAACGCGUCGUUAAGUCCCGAGCAUGUGGAUCUCGCGGCCGAUGUGAUCAGGAACGCAGCCAUUUUAUUGUGUCAAUUCGAGACACCAUUAGAAACCACCCUGCACGCUGUGAAGCUUCACAAAGGAUACGGUCUGUCGAUCGUGAAUGGUGCGCCGGCCGCGAAAAAUGUUGACUCAGCGCUGUUGGAACUCUGCGACAUAUUUUGCGUCAACGAGACCGAGGCUGAAGUUAUGACCGGUGUGAAGCCUCUAGACCUGUCGAGCAUGCAGCAGGCUAUUGAACAACUGUUGGAUAAGGGCUGCAACACGGUGAUUCUUACCGUUGGAGAAAAAGGAGCUGCGUACGCGUCUAAGAAAGACAAAACAAUCAAAAUGAUCUCUACUACUCCUGUCAAGCCUGUAGACACUACAGGAGCUGGAGAUGCAUUUCUGGGCGCUCUUGCAUAUUUUAAAGCUUAUCACCCAGGGCUUUCGAUGGACGAGUGCAUUCGAAGAGCCUGCGUCGUUGCCACGGAAUCCGUGUUGAAAUUCGGUACACACGCGAGCUUCCCAACCAGGAGCAACCUGUCGUCGGAUUUGUUCGCUUGA